AUGUUUGGUGUUGUUGGCGGCGGAGCGUCGUUUGUCGCUCAGCGCAGCGAGAUCGCGAUUGGCGAGCGGAGGAGCAGCGGGGAGAAGGGUUUUGUGUGGUGGUUGACUUUUGGCACGUGCUCGGGUCUUCGCACCCGAGCGCCGAAUGUCCUCCCACGCUCCCUCUUCCUGACUCCCACAGCCCUCUUUCGCUCGCGCUUCCCGCUGUGGCCCAGCGUUGAAUGUCUCCGGCCCCGGCGGACGGCCAUGGAUGCGGCUGCCCGCCUCCGCCCGCUCUGUUCGAGACCAUCGUCGAGGCACGCUAACCGCCCUUCUAGGCCGCACCCCCGCAUUUUCAGUGUUUUUGGAGGCGGAGCGUUCGUCGCUCGGCGCUUGGCGGUAUCGCGAUUUGCGAGCGGGGAAGCAACGGGGAAAGCGGUGGUGGUUGACUUUUGGCACGUGCUCGGGUCUUCGUACCCGAGCGCCGGAUGUUCUCCCACGCUCCCUGACUCCGACGUGCCGCCCUCGCUGUCGCUGCCCGUCGGGACCCAGCAGCCCGGGGAUAUCUCUGUACAUACCCUGCCGGUCGCUGCCCGCCUUGUGACGAGCUCCUCCUUUCGAUACCGUGGUCCAGCCUGGUGCUGCAGUGGUGCAUGUUGGCCAAAGACUCAGAGUGGUGUCGUCGACAUCGAGGCUGAAGACCUGUCCGCCGUUGUCAAUGAGUCCGUCGUCGUCCGCUCAGUAUCGCCUUCCGCUCCUCCGUUGCCCGCCUCCGCCCGCUCUGUUCGAGACCAUCGUCGAGGCUGGUGCUUGUUGACCAAAGCCCCGGCAACGUCCAUCCACUCCUCGCCAACACAACGCGUCGUUCGGUGUGUCCCCGUUUCAUCGCCUUACUUGCGUGCUGACUUUGAAUUGGACCCCGUUCUAGGGGAAAAGUCAGGGAUUGCAUUCGCGUCGCCAAAUGGCAGAGCGCAAUGUCAGGUCGCGGAAGGUAACGGUAACACUCUGCGCCUCUCUCUCUCCUGCAGCGUGCUAAUCGUCAUUUUCAAGUCUUCCUAUCGUGUCUUGUCUUCAGACAGGUGCUUGGACUUGAGAGCACCACGUGCUUUCGGCGCGAAAGGCCGGGUGUUGCUUGCUCCUCUCAACCCCGCGCCGGACUUCCCCGCGCGCUCGCUGUCAUCAGCGCCGUGUGUUGUGUCCGCGGCGCUUAUCUGGAUCCCACGCGGGCUGCUGUUGGCGAAACGGUACGGGCAGGCGCGUUGCGAGCUGGGCCGGGGUCGUGAGCGGGAGAAGGAAGGAAGGUGGGUGAUAAGCGAGCGCGACACGUGCGCAUGCCACGUCACAGGCCGGCGCCACGGCCCCCUUGCCUCCGCGCAUGCCCAUGAGCGCGCGUCGAGAUGCUGCUGGGCUUCCCGACCGGGAGCGGACGUUAAGCCUCCCGCGGCGAAGUCGGGAAUGGGUGCGGAUGCGCCAUGCGGCCUCCCACAGGUCGUCUUUCUUUCUGGACGACACCACCACCGCCUGAAGAUGAAGAUCCCCGUCGUCGACUUUGCACCGUUUCUGGACAAGGCGAACGACGCUGCUGGGCGCCAGGCCGUCGCCGACAAGCUGCUUGCGGCGCUGCACGAGACUGGAUUUGUGUAUGUCGUGAACCACGGGGUGGAGCAGGCUGCGGUGGAGACGGCGUUUGCAAUGGCCAGACAGUGGUUCUCCCUCCCUUUUGGCACGAAGCUGCUCGCGCUGCGCCCCGCCAUGCAGCCCUACCCGCGCGGCUUUCUCUGUGUCGGGCGGCGGGACCGCGCGACGCCUGCGGAGUUGGCGCUGCCGGACCCCACCGACAUGAAGGAGAGCUUUGUGCUGGGGAGCAAAGACAAUGCGGGUAUGCCCAACAUAUGGCUGGACGAGAAGCCGGACGGCCUGGUGGAAACCGGCUUCCGCGCGAGCUGUUUGGGGCUGUAUGAGCAAUGCCACGCACUCGAAAGCGCCGUCUUCCGUGGACUCGCCCUCGCACUGGGCCUUCCCGACGACCACUUCGCCGUCGGCACCAGUAGCGAAAAUGAUCUGCGCCUCGUGCGGUACCACCCGCAUACGACCCCGGGCGCAUUGCAGCUGACCUUCCAGCGGGAUGUCGAGGGCCUCGAGGUGGAGGACCCCGAGAAGCCCGGCGUGUUCCACCCGAUCCUCCCGGUGCCUGGCGCGGUGCUGCUCAACGCGGGCGACAUGCUGCAGCGAGGCUCACGUGGCGCGGUCCGCAGCGCCGUACACCGCGUCGGCGCGCCGGCUGGUACAGUUGAGGUCAACGGUGCGCCGUGGAAGCCGGAGCGUCUGGAGAUCGUCUAUAACUGCGUGCCCGCGGACGCCGCCGGCGUGGACUGCCGCCGUCCGGACGCGUGA